AAACAUUAAAAUUAGAAAAAAAUGGCAGAAAAGGCCGUAUAUGGUCCAGAAAAUUGUAAAAUACAAAUUAAUAAAUGGCGAGUAAAAGAAGGAUAUCAUGUUAAUUUAGGUCAGGUUAUAUUAUCUUAUACAGAAUGUGAUACAAAUGAUAAAGAAGUUAAAAAAUUGAAAGCAAAUAGAAAUGGUAUUGUAAAAAAGCGCCUUGCCAAAGAGGGUGAUACGCUUGAAGGAAGAGCUGCUUUGCUUGAGUUGUCAGAGUGUGCACACACAACAGUUAUCAAAGAUAUGUGUGCGGAUUGUGGCGCGGAUCUCCGCCAAAACGAUAAUGGAAAUCAGUCCGAAGCGUCUGUGUCUAUGAUACAUUCUAUGCCAGAUCUCAAAGUUUCAAAUAAGUUAGCACAAAAAUUAGGACAAGCUGAUACCAAAAGAUUAUUAGAGGAUAAAAAGCUUGUAUUAUUGGUUGAUCUUGAUCAAACCAUAAUACACACAACAAAUGAUGCAGUUCCAAAUAACAUAAAAGGCAUUUACCAUUUCCAAUUGUAUGGUCCGCAUUCUCCGUGGUAUCACACUAGAUUAAGACCUGGUACCCAAAGUUUUUUAACAAGUAUUUCCGCAUUUUAUGAACUACACAUUUGUACAUUUGGUGCUAGAAAUUAUGCCCAUACUAUUGCGCAAUUUUUAGAUCCCGAUGGGAAAUUUUUUUCUCAUCGUAUUUUGUCAAGAGAUGAAUGCUUCAAUAUAAACAGUAAAACAGAUAAUUUGAAGUCGCUCUUUCCUUGUGGAGAUUCUAUGGUUUGCAUAAUAGACGAUAGGGAAGAUGUUUGGAACAUGGCUCCUAAUUUAAUUCAAGUAAAGCCAUAUCACUUUUUUCAACACACUGGUGAUAUCAAUGCACCACCAGGUUUAGAAAAGCACGAAUUAGAUGGUAAAGGUGUUGAUUUUGAAGAUUUAAAUAAACUAUGCGAAAAUAGUUCUGAUAAUGGAAGUGUUGAAAAUGUUCAAACAAAAGACAAAAAUUCUCAAAGUGAUUACUCAAAUAGCACUGUUAACAAUGAAACAAAUUUGAUAGAAGGUUGUUCUUCAAAUUCUGAUGUUGAAAAUAAAAAUGAGAAUAGUGAUUUAGAAAAUGUAGAUACAAAUGAGCUUAAUAGACCGAAUUUUGAUUGUAGUUUGAAAAGCAAUAGUAAUGAGCAAAAUGCAGAGAUAUCUACUGAAAAUAAAGUAAUUGUGGACAAAAGUGAUUUUAAAGAAAUACAGGACCCAGAUGAUUACCUUUUAUAUUUGGAGUCAAUUUUAAAAUCAAUUCACACAAGGUUUUAUGAAAUAUAUGACAAAACAAAAGAGAUUCCAGAUUUGAAAGUUUUAAUUCCAAAAAUACGUGCUGAAGUUCUUAAGGGUCUUAAUUUAGUAUUUUCUGGUUUAGUACCUACCAACAUGAAGUUAGAGCAAAGUAGAUCUUAUUUAAUAGCCAAAAGUCUUGGAGCUAAUGUAUCUCAACAAAUUGUAAAUGAUACUACGCACCUGGUAGCUGUGACUACUGGAACUUUUAAAGUUAGUGCAGCAAGAAAACGUCGGGAAAUUAAAAUUGUUAAUCCAGAUUGGUUAUGGUGUUGUGCAGAGAGAUGGGAAUGUGUAAAUGAAAAAUUAUUUCCUUUAGAUACUAGUAAGCAACCAAGUAAACAGCGCCAGCCACCGGCUCAUUGUCACAGUCCUGAGCACGUUGUUAAUUAUAGUGAAAAAUCCGAAAUCUCCUCCGAACAGUUAGAACCUGAAGAAGAAGCAGAAAAAUUUGUAGACACAAUAAAUCCAUUGUUAAGUUUUUCGAAUGACGAUUUAGCUGAUAUGAAUAAAGAAUUUGAUCAAUUUUUUGAAUCCGACUCUUCAAGCGAUGACGAACCCGUGGAUAUUGAAAAUCCCCCCAUUGGCAAGAGUUUGCGGAAACGCAAGAGGGAAGCAGAUAAUGAGAUUCGACAAAAUGAAUUCUUCAACCGAAGCGAUAAGCAAGAAUUUAGCAUAAAUGAAGAAAACAUGAAUAGUUCUGAUGAUGACGAAGACCCUGUCACUAAGUUUCGUCGAGGUGAAGAUGUAACGGAGGACUUAGAUCUAGGUUCUGAUUCAAAUAGUGAAGGGAGUGAACAACAAGUUGAUGAAGAAGACGAUGGCGAGUGGAACAUGAUGGGAGCAGCACUUGAAAGAGAGUUUCUAGGUUUAGAAGAUUGAAAAUAAAAAUUUAUCAGCCCCGCAAUCAUAUUUCACAACAAUUUUUAAAAUUUUAAGCAAUAAGAUCUUGUUUUUUAUAUAUAUUUUGAUUGUUGUUAAUGUUGGGCGUUUUUGAAAAUGCAUUUUUAUUUGUAAAUUUAUGAAUAAAUUAAAUUUUUUUGUUAAGAUUUGUUUAAAACGUAAAUUUUUUUAUAAUUUAUUAAAUACGACUUUAAUUAAAGAAUUAACAUAAAAAUUAAGCUUCAUAUAGGUAUCAUUAAAUAUAUUUGGCACUUCAUUGUAAUUUAAA